GUACAACUAAUUGUAUUGUUGCCCUAUAGUCAGAGUUUCUGAUACAUAUUGUUUAAAAUUCCUUAUUGAAUUCGUUCAUCUUCUAACCCAUGACCAUGUAGUUGUGACUGUAAAGAGGGAGGAUUACUGUGAAAUCGAAUCCACGUAUAAAUGAACUUCAGAGGACAAAAGCUCCCUGCAUGGGAUGGCACCAUCUGCUAGUAACUGCAAACAGCUGAUACCUUCUGCUCAGGUGGAUUAAACAGUAAUAAGAGCAUUUAAUCAGCGGGACUGAUAAAUCGCAAACAAGACAGAACAGAAAUGAAAAUGCUUCACUGUUUUAUACUAGGACUCUUUCUGCUUCCAGUCAGGGCAGAAAAAGAAGAUUUCCAAGGUUACUUCACAGAGCAAACAAAAGGCACAACUGUCACAAAAGAUCUGCUUCUGAAAAAUCAAAACACAACUGGUCAUGGCACAGAAGCAAUACCUACAGAGAAGACGCAUCAACAUACCGCAAUGGCAUUGACUGCCAAGUUUCCAGAGGCGGUCUUGCUUGACACCAAACUGACAAAACCUUAUAAGAAAAGUCUAAUCACAAAGGCGUCAGCUUUAAUUUCCCUACCAAGCUCAAAGCAUUUUGUCUCCAGAAAUGGGAAUAGCUCUCUCAUAUUAAAGAGAGAGCCGUCGGCUAUGAGGAUUGACACUGAAUCAGAAAAACUAUUGAUCUCUAAUUAUGAAAAGAUCUCAUCAUCUUCUGCGCAAUCUGCAAUAGAAUUAAUGAUGAAUGACACCUCUGACCCAGAGGGCAAUUUGACUGCAGAUGCAGUGAAAGCCCCUCCUUGGUUUCACACUCUUCUUGAUUACAGGAAUCAAAGAAACACUAACUCUGUUAAGCUCACAUCUGCUGAUGGAUCCCUGAGACCUCCAGUGCUAUCUGCAUCUCAUUCUCGUGUAAUUGAUAACCUGGAUGCAGCACGUAAUGACAGCAGUGACAAACAGUCUCAAGGCAAGGACACCACAAACCCGAGAAGAGACCUGUAUGGCUUGGGCAUAGUGCAAUCCAUCUUUCAGAAUGCUACAGCAGAAGAUUCACCGAGAGGAAGCACAAUAACAAACUUGUGUUUGACCUGCCUGAAAGAUCAAAGGCCAAGCUCCACCGGGAAAGCUGCACUGUCAACUCAUGGCUCCCCUGACAACAGUAAACUUACAGCCUCAUUAACCAGUUUAUAUCAACAAUCAGCUCGAGUGCAAGAAGAAAUGUUAAACAGAGACGUCAGUCAUGCAAACCUCACCAAGCAUUCCAGUUUCAGCGAGGGAGGAAGUUUACCUUACGAUCAGACUUUCCUUUCUUUUUCCUUCAGUAACACUCAGAGUCAUACUCAAAGCGUUUUGAAUGAUUCCCCAAACAUUUAUUUUUCAUCAGCUCCAGAAGCGGUUGCGUUUCACACACGACCUCUUGCUGAGGUGUCGUCAGAAACAAAAGAAGACACCAAGAAGCAAUUGAGGCAUACCUAUCCUAGUGAAGCUUCUGUCAAAGAGAGACCCGUCUCAACAUCUACAACAUUUUCUCACUCAUCAAAAUCCUUUUAUAUUGCAAGGAAACCAGUAGAAAGUGGAGAAAAAGAGCUGUAUGAAAAAAAAGUAAGCACUGGGGUCCCGCAGUCAGACCUGAUAUAUUUCAGUAAGAAUAACAAAACAGCUUCCCACAGUGUCUCAACAAACUUAAAAAGUUUCAUUCAAAGACAGUCUUUGGACAUCAGCAGUGGGCCGGUAAGCAAUAUGCCUGUUAUUAGUUCAGCUCCCCACAGCAGUCACAUAAGUGUUCUUACAGAGGCUAGUGAUCACAGCACUGCAUCUCAUCCAGCAGUAAGAAUGAGCUCGAUUGAAGCUCACAGUGCAGCAACACCCUUCAGCGGGAGUAGGCCAACCGCUUUGCCAGUCAAAAAUCCUGAGUCUCACUUUCAGACAGGAAGAGUGGAUUCUUUGAUCUCUCUUCUGAGACUCCAAACACCAGCUAAACCAAGCUUUCAGACCAAAGGACCCAUACUGACAUUAUUACCAAAGGAUUCUGCCAUAAAGCUUGCAUCUGCAACCACAAAGACACACUUGACAGAUAAACAAGAUCCUCUGACAUUUAACGCUGUACACAGCAUUGUUAAACAUUCUUCUGUUGAUCCCCCAGGGCCAAUGAAUAAACCAGUUAUAAGAGAACCACAAACUACAACCACCGCAACAACAGAAGUUUUGCCCAGGAAGUUGUUUCUCUCAGAGUUGAGUCAGGACUUUGGUGAUGACAUGCCCGUGUUGACACUAUCAACACUAUCAAGCAAAUCUCUUUCUGAGAAACUGACAAUAAGUAAAUUUUCAGGGACUCAGUCUAAACUCAUCCAGGUAGGAACUUAUGAUGUAGCUGGAGGGAAGAAUGUAGCAUCAACUCGUCAGUCUUAUUCAACAUAUAGUGGGGAUUUAAUCAGAGAGUCACUAAGAGAUAAUGAUGCAAAAUCAAGAGAUGAAAAUGAACAGGUGUUGUAUGCAGUUGUAGAAAAUGGGAACAAGACAGAAAACGAUGAGGAGAUGAACGCAAUAAUAAAGUUGCAGGAAGGAGAGAAAAACAGGAAAGACACAACUUUGAACUAUCAAAGAGAAAAAUUUAAAGAGAGCAGAGAAGAAGAACAAGAAAAAAUAAUCAAUACCGGAGCUAAGACAAAUCAAAAUGUAGACAGGGAAGGGGAAGAAAUGGCAGCGCAAACCGCCAACAUGAGUAGGGAAAAAGGUGGAAUGACCAAUGGAGAGGAGGGUGUAACCUUGAGACAAAACCUGGAUCAAAGCAAAGGGCAAAUCAGUGAUGAAGAAGGAGCUGAAAGAGACAGUGUGACUAAAAUAUAUGAAGAGAAUUUCCUAAAAGUUGCAGCUGAAAAGCAGAGUGAGUUUUUAAAAAGGGAAGAAGCAGAGGAUAGAAGUGAGAAAACGCCAGAGGGGAAAGAAGACAAUAAAUGUGUUGGGGAAACUGGGAAAAAGGACAUGACAAAUGUUCCCUUUGGACCCCCUACUAAUUCGAAAGAAUUUAACAGAGAUAAAGAACACGUUGUUGAGAACCUGUCUCCCUGCCCCAGUUUGAUUAAACAGCUGGGAACCACUGAGAACAAGGGCAUUCAUCUGGGGGAAAAUGCUACAGCAAUUGUGGAAAUCACAAAUAAAUCAUUUACCUAUAAAGUAACAAAAAAUCACAGAACAACAAGUCAGAGCCCAAACCAAUCGAAAACAACAUCUCUUCCCAAAGAGCCAUACACACAGAUUAGAUCUCAUCUCUCUCCCCCCAAGGACGUUUUUCCAAAACAUGAAGUUACGUCAUCACUCGCUAAAGAAAGUGCCCGGAACGAAGUUGUUGAAGCUACAUUUGGACAUCACACUUUAAAGUUUGGGGACGUAUUAAAGCCAUCGGUUUCCCCAAACAGCAGUGCAGCUAAAUUCACUCAUCCUUUACUAAAGACUAUCAGCAAUAUGUUGUCACUCACCACCCAUCGAUUGACAACCGCAGCUGGAUUCCCGAGAGCUGAGCCCCACUUUACAGUAAAUAGUUCUACUCCCAAUAUAUCAAUUAUUUACGACAUCCCAGAUCAGACGCAUAAAUUUAGUGCUUCAGUUUCAAAGGCCAAUUCAAUUUUACAUACCGCAAAUGAGAGCGAGCAAGCAGAAUACAUUAUAGCAUCAGUGAAUCCCGGUCCACACCAGAAGAUGUAUAAUCACUCAUCUACUAGGCCACCCACGGCCACAGCCUUGUCAUCCGAGGCCCACAUCUCCAUAGGCCAGUUGCAGCCUCGCCAAGCGCAGCCUGUCCCUCAGAUCAGCGAGUCCUCCUCCUCCCCCUCUUUUGACAUGACUUCAGGCCAGCCAUGCUCAUUUAAACUGUCAGAGCAGACAGCCCAUCCAGAUGCUCUGCAUACCUCUGUUGAUGGUAACGAACAGAGAUCUGUGCAUACCCUAACGGCAUCAUCGAGUCCUAAAGCGGAAAACGAUCAAUUUCCCCAUACCAACAUGUCACCGCUGCUAAAUCUCAGCCUGUUUGGAGGUGACAUUUUACCUGGCACCUAUAGGCUGACAGGUCUAACCGGAUCAGCGGCUGAUAAACCAGCAAUGAAAAUGAUUCAUGAGAAUGACCUGAUCAGUGUAAAUGGCGAAAAUGAAGCAAACAGCACAGUGACAGUUCCCAUCAAGUCUGUCAUGCUUGCGGUUCAUGCUGGGCCCAGGACUGAGCAGGCUAUGGACGACAAUUUUGUGUAUGAUUUUGGAACACCUGCCUUUAGCACACAUGCCCCAUCUGGCACCUCUCCAGAUGUUGAGUCAGAAGCUGGAAAGGCUACACCGCAGGCCGCUGACCUUGAAUAUGCAACGCUUUCAGCAUUCAUCAGUAUCGGUGAAUCCGAUCGCGGCGUUGAUGAAACGAUGUCAGAAAAGGCCAGGAGUGUGGCAGCUAAAGCUGUUCAUUUGGAGAGGCACUGGACACCUGAGAGGCCCCACUUUGUAAGGAAAACAACACAAAGACGCUUUCACAGAGAGACCUCGAAGGCUCAGGAGGUUCCUGCUAAAGAGGUCACUUUAUCUGAACCUGAAGCAGCUCUUCUGCAGACCAAAAUAAAGGCUACUGAGCUGACGGUGCUCUCUGAAAAAAACACAAAAACACAAUUAAACCGAGGAGCAGGCAAUGUCGAGGUACUUGAAGCGCAAAAUGCCACCAGGUUAGUGAGUGCCGCGGCUAAAGAAGAGUCUGGGCGCAGCCUGUUACUGCCAGAGUCUGAGUCAGAGCUGCCAAAGCUGAAGCGCAGGGGAAGGACCUCAUCACAUCUGUAUCUCUCUGGGUAA